AUGAACAAUCGCACGGAUAGAGACAACAGUGCGGUGUGGGGUGACACAAAGAAAAACUCCGUCUGUGAAACUCCGGCGGCGAGAGCGAGAGCGAGCUAUAUCAACUCCCUGGAGUCUCCGUCGCUGUGCCACCCAUCGUCCUCCAGUAUCAGCUUCAGCGUGGAGUUUCAGCACAGGGACAUAACAUUUUCUCUCACCAUUCCAGGCACCUAUUCUGCUCUCCAUACCCUACAGAGAGAUGCGUUUCUUCGUUCAAUAUCAUUGUCUGACACCGAGGAUAUAAAGCAACCCGUGGAAUUGGCGCUAACUUAUAUCGAGUUCCUCCUUUCUCAGAAAUGGAUUGCAGGAUCGGCUCUGGCAGUCGUAUUGGAGGCAUUUAACAUUGAGUUUGUCGGAAAAAAAGACAUCCAUUCUCUUAUUGCUGAACUUACGUCGAGAUCUGAGCAACGACGGCGGUGGUUACGCAUAUAUUACGAUGCAGUUAACCGUGGGUAUGAAAACGGACUUGAAGAUCAUGGCAAGGGUGCGGGACAUAUCCGAAGUAGCCUUUUUCACAAUGUCGAGACGAAUCAGUUUCAAGUUAUAGCACUGUUUGGAGGCCAGGGAGAUGCGAGUCACACGUGCGUGGAGGAACUUUCCGAACUAUACAACACAUACCAGUCGAUGCUCGAGGUCUUUCUACAAAGAAUGGGCUCGAGGCUUGCCGAGCUCUGUCGUCUGCCACAGUGUCGGUCAUACUAUCAGCGACGAUAUUUGGACAUCGAGGCUUGGAUGACAGACGCCACUGUGGUCCCUGAGAGUGCCUUUGUGGCCAGCGCCCCUGUUAGCGUACCUGUGAUUGGAUUGUUGAGUCUCGCUCGAUACAUCGUUACUUGCCAGAUAUUGGGCAUAUCCCCUGGGAAGAUGCGAACACUGCUUUCUGCUACCACGGGGCAUUCCCAGGGCCUUUUGGUAUCAAUUGUCGUUGCUAUAUCGGACUCAUGGGAGUCACUUUACGAUAAUAGCAGAUUACUGAUGGAUGUUCUGUUCUGGCUAGGAUGGGAGUGUCAUAAUUGCGCGCCUCGAAUUGUAAUCCCUGCGAUGUCUACUAGACACGAAGAACAUGACGUGGAUUCCGAUACACCAUCAUACAUGCUUAGUGUUCGAGGGGCAACACGAUGCCAAAUUGAGGAUAUACUGAUCCACAUAAACCGUCGCUUGAGGCGAGAAGCAAAGCUGUAUCUGGCGUUGGCAAAUGCUCAAGAUCAAUUCGUUAUUGCCGGUCCAUUUUCAUCUUUAUUGCAUCUAACCAGCUACCUCCGAGAAGCCUGUACCCCUGGUUCAAAUCAGAGUCACAUCCCAUACAGUAGCAGAGGGCCGUCUCUCCAGCAUAGCUUUCUGCCAAUCAGCACACCUUUCCACACGCCAUAUCUUCGUCCAGCUGCGGAUUCUUUGAAAGAGAGGUUUUCAGAUAGACGAAUUCUCCCGCAGCAACUGGCCAUCCCAGUAUACGACAUCAGGACUGGUCAUGAUAUCCGUGCUUCGGAUGGGAACGUCCUGCAUUUGGCAUUUGAUGCUAUUGCCCAUGAAAUUUGCGAUUGGCCCUCUACGCUAGGCUGUUCACCCAACGUCAGUGCUCGCCAGCUCCCUGUGUCACAUAUUAUUGUCUUUGACCGUGGCGGUCUUGCUUCAUUGGUUAAGAGAAUCAAAGAGGGCCAGGGGGUUCGCGUAGUUCAAGGCUCUGACCUGGAUUCCCGGGACCCCGAGCUAGGGACCAUGAAGGAUCUAUUCUCUCCCCAGCUACUUGAUUCCGCGACCAGACUCCAAACUUGGGGACAGCGCUUCCAACCACGAUUGGUCCCAGGACCAAAGAUUAGGAUUGAAACACGCCUUACGCGGCUUUUGGGCACUCCUCCAAUUAUGGUUGCUGGUAUGACACCCACUACGAUGCAUUGGGACUUCGUUGCAGCCAUCAUGAAUGCAGGGUAUCAUGCUGAGCUGGCUGGGGGAGGUUACCAUAGUGCCGACAGUAUGGCUUCAGCCAUCGAUCAGCUCGUCAAGAAUAUUCCCGCCGGACAAGGCAUCACCUGUAACGUGAUUUACGCCAACCCCCGUGCUAUUAGGUGGCAGAUGACUCUUUUACGUCGUUUAUCGCAGGAAGGUAUCGCGAUCGACGGCUUAACCUUUGGAGCGGGUGUCCCUUCGCUAGAGGUAAUCACGGAGUACAUUCAAACGCUAAAUUUACAACAUAUCGGUUUUAAGCCUGGAUCAGUGGCGGCCAUCCGAGAUGUGCUUAGUAUCGCCAGGGCUCACCCAGACUUUCCUUGUAUCCUCCAAUGGACUGGUGGGCGUGCGGGAGGGCAUCACUCCUGUGAAGACUUCCAUGCUCCCAUACUCAGUAUGUAUGGACUAUUACGGCAACAACCGAACAUUUAUUUGGUCGCUGGCAGUGGGUUCGGGAGCAGCGGCAGCAUCUACCCAUAUCUUACAGGCUCAUGGUCAGUCCAGAUGGGAUAUGCGUCCAUGCCUUUUGACGGAGUCCUUUUGGGUAGUUGCAUGAUGGUUGCGAAAGAGGCUCAUACAAGCAAGGCUGUCAAGGAUGUUAUUACGUCGACAUCCGGAUUAGACGACAAUGAUUGGGAAAUGACAUAUGAUGGACCUGCCGGGGGAGUAGUUACAGUGAGGUCGGAAAUGGGUGAGCCAAUACACAAGAUAGCAACCAGGGGUGUGCGUUUGUGGGCUGAAAUGGACAAGACUGUUUUCAGCCUCCCCCGACAAGACCGUGUCGCGUAUUUGAACAAACAUCGUGUUACGAUAAUCCAUCGCUUGAAUGCCGACUUCGCAAAGCCAUGGUUUGGUCGCAACCCACAAGGGACUGUACUUGACCUGAAGGAAAUGACAUACGCCGAGGUGAUGAAUCGGCUUGUGGAACUAAUGUAUAUUCGUCAUCAAAAGCGUUGGAUCGAUUCGUCUUAUGUGGAUUUCACAUACGCAUUCACCGUCCGCACCUUGGAACGUCUGCCGGCGGACCUGAAAAAUUCAGAGCCUCUUUCUCGUGCAUCACUUGAGCUCAAUCCAGCCUGCUUUGUUCGUGCUCUCAUCACUGCAUGUCCAGCUGCAGCUGCAGAAGUCUUGAAUCCGGAAGACGUCUCAUUCUUUCUGAUGCAAACCAAAAAAGAUAACCAAAAGCCUGUUAAUUUCAUACCCGCUCUGAACGACGACUUUGAGUACUAUUUCAAGAAGGAUUCGCUGUGGCAGUCGGAGGAUAUUGACGCUGUAAUUGGUCAGGAUCCAGGCCGAAUAUGCAUUCUUCAGGGCCCUGUGGCAGCACAGUAUACAUGUGAUCGGGGAGAAUCGGCGAAGGAGAUCUUGGAUACUUUGCUAUAUUCUCUUAGUGACUGCCUCCAGCGAGAUAUAUGUGCGGAGGAAUUGACUAUCGGGAUUGAUAGUGGCUUAGUUACACCGGAUUCAUGGUCCACAGUCUCUCCCGGCACCAAGGAUUUCUUCAUGGAGGGAAUUUCCACUCCAUCUUCCACGACACUCUCUGACUCCAGUGAUGAUCCAUGUGUGUGUUCAUUAACAUUUCCUUACAGUCCUGAUCGAAACGUUCCCGUUUGGGUACGGGCAGUUCUGGAAGAUAGGUUUGUCUUGCAGGGCCGGCUGCGGCGACCGAAUCCUUUCCGAGAGUACAUGGAAAAGUAUACCGAAUCCGCUAUCCAGUACAAUUCCGGUCGGUCAGAGAUAUUUGUAGCGGCUCAAGACACUAUGGGUGUCAAAUCUUCAAUGAGAAUCACAUGUCAGAAUGGGUUGAAGGUUAUUGUCGAACUUCAGCCUCCAUAUAAAGCGGACAAUUUGCAGCUACUCUACCAAUUUGAUCCUAGCAGGGCCACCGUCAGACUGAGCGAGAUCAUGGAAGGCCGGAACGAGCGCAUUAAGUCAUUCUAUAGUGAUCUCUGGCUUGGUGAGCGCGCAACUAACUGUAUAGAUCUGCACGGCACUUUCGCCGGGCGACCAAUAAAGCUUAUACGUGAGCGGUUCGAGGCGUUGGCCUUAGCCGUUGGUGUAGCGUUUCCCGACCAUCGAAUUGUGACAUUAGACUCAGACAUUCUGCCUAUUAGCGCCGGCAUUAUUAUUGUUUGGGAUGUGAUUUGCCGCCCUCUUGUUCUCUUGAAGGUUGAAGGGGACCUGCUUCGGCUGGUUCAUCGAUCUAACACGGCCGCAUACACUCAUGGUGCAGCACCUCUGAGGCUAGGUGAAACAGUCAGCUGUCAAUCACGGGUCCAGGCUGUCUAUAUAGAAGAUUCGGGCAAGGUGGUGGUUAUAGAAGCCCGGGUAAUUCGCUCUGGGGAGCAUGUGUUGACAAUCACGUCAACAUUCCUUUUCCGAGGUUCUUUUGACAACGUGCAAGAUACCUUUCGCAAAACAGAAUUACCCGAUUGGAAGGUAAACGUGGGAUCGAAUGUAGAAGAGACUGUGCUAAAGUCGCGGAAGUGGUUUCAUCCCAUCGCUGCUCUACCUUCGCUAGUAGGCAAGACGGUGAUGUUCAAUAUUGAGAGUCACGUUGCGUAUAAGAAAAACGGAUACACCAGCCUUCGAGUCACUGGCCAGGCACAUACCAGGACAGGCUUCAAACUUGAGCAUAUUGGUGACGUGGAUUUCGCAUGUGAUGAUUGUCUUGGAAACCCCGUUUCGGAGUUUCUUAAGCGCAAAGGGAUUGAACAAGGCGGCAGAGUAGACUUUGGAAGACCUGGCUGGCCUGGCCCAUCAUCCUUCGAGGUCCAGAUGCCUGCCAGCAACCACGCCUAUGCUCAAGUCUCGCAAGAUUUCAAUCCUAUCCAUGUCUCAACCAUUUUUGCCAGCUUUGCCCAGCUGCCAGGCACGUUAUCCCAUGGUAUGUGCACAUCGGCAAUUGUGACUGCGGUCCUCGAGCACUUAGUCAUAGGGAAUGAUCGGUCACGCUUGCGACGUUUUUCUACUGAAUUUACGGGGAUGGUAAUGCCUUCGGAGAGGUUGACAGUGCGAUUAGAGCAUGUGGGAAUGGUUGAAGGGCGAAUGCGAUUUGUUGUAGAGGCAUGCCGAACUAGUAACGGAGAAAAGGUGAUGGAUGCGGAGGCCGAAGUGGAACAGCCUGCAACAGCGUACCUCUUCACGGGACAAGGUAGUCAAAGUAGUGGUAUGGGCAUGGACCUAUACAAUAGGAGCCCUAGAGCGAAGGCGUUGUGGGACGAGAUUGAUGCGCAUCUAUAUGACGCUUACGGCUGGUCGAUCCUGGACAUCGUCAGGAACAACCCGAAGACGCUCACCAUUCACUUUGCGGGGAAACAAGGCCGUAAAAUUCGCGGGAAUUAUCUUUCCAUCACAGCGGAAACCGUGCUUCCUAACGGUGACUGUGUGAAAAAGCCAGUUCUGGCAGGGCUCACACCGAAAUCAACGUCUUACAGAUUCCAUGACUCUAGGGGACUCCUGUAUGCGACGCAAUUUGCACAACCAACGAUUCUUCUGUUCGAGACGGCAGCUUUUGGAGAGAUGCGUGCUAAAGGUUAUGUAUCACGCGAAGCGAUAUAUGCUGGCCAUUCCUUGGGGGAAUACGGUGCACUGUCUGCACUGUCAGAGUUCAUACCAACAAUUGCUCUCGUAGAGUUAGCUUUUUACCGGGGGUUGAUGAUGCAGGCUUCUGUGGCACGAGAUGAUGAGGAGAGCGCAAAGUAUGGUAUGGUGGCUGUAAACCCAGCACGUGUGGGUAAAAGUUUUGAUCAAGCUUCAUUGAGCACUAUGGUCCACACGAUCGCUGCUGAGAGCCGGGAAUUGUUGGAAAUCGUGAAUUUCAACGUGGAUGGGGAGCAGUAUGUGUGCUCGGGCACGUCAACCAAUCUCUACGUGCUUGGAAAAUUGAUGGACCAUAUCGCACAGUGUCCCAAUGGGGCAAAACAAGUACAGGAGAUGAUGGACUCCACCGACGCGUCCACGAUGGAGCUCCACACCAUAAUCCGCGACCUCCUGCAUCAUGCCAAGGAUCCUCCUCAACCAAUUGAACUGCAGCGCGGCCAAGCAACGAUUCCCUUACAGGGCGUCGACGUGCCCUUCCAUUCCAGUCACCUCCGUUCAACAGUUGAUAUGUUCCGGCAAUGUCUACUCCGGCCAGGGCUUCUGGCCUGUAACAUAAAUGCUGAAGAGCUAGAGGGGAAGUAUAUCCCUAACCUAAUGGCCCAACCGUUUUCGUUAGACGAGAAGUAUAUCAGACAAGCUUUCGACUUAACCCAGAGCCCAGUUCUAGGAGAAAUCCUAGGCGUUAAACAUACGUGUUAAGCAGUCUGGUCAUCGCGGCGAGAGCUUGGAUAUCUUGUUUUCCUUUGCUUCCUGGGCCCUAG